GCGGAGGCGACCGGACAACUAUGGCGGCGGCCUGAGAGCGCGGGCGGCGGCGGCUGCUACGGAGUCCGCACGGGGUCAGCGACGGCGCGAGAGUGGAGUGUCUGAUGUAUGCCCCUGCCACCAUGGAGGAUUGUGGAUCUCUCCAAACUGGAUGAAGCGAGUGGGAGUCACAAGUGGAGGGAGCCCUCAGUUGGCGAGCCCCAGGAGUGUGGUCCCUGGGACUCCAGCCAGCCCACCCUUCCACCCCAUGGAGAAGAUGAGUUGGCUGAGCAAACUGGCCCCUCGGGGCCCUGGACACCGUGCUCCUCGAACUACCAGUUUACAAGCUCCUGUUACUGCUGAUCCAGAGACUUGCCUCAUGGUCUUCAAGAACCAUUGGUCUCAGGUAGUCAGGAUCCUGGAGCGAAGGGCCCCACAAGCAGCCCCUGGGGGGUCAGAUGACCUCAGUGCUGUGCACAAUCACAUGUACCAGAUGUUGACGCUGCUGGUGGAAGACCAUGCGACCCCUUCGGCUCCCACAGCCCCAGGCCCCCUUCUGGAGUUUGCCCUUCAUGAGGACCUUCUAGCAAGGGUGCUGGCCUGGCAGCUGCAGUGGGAUGGGCCUGGGGAUGGGCUAGGGGCCGAGGAAAGGCGGGCUGAGCAGCUGAAGCUGUUCGAAAUGCUGGUGAGUGAGGCCCGGCAGCCACUACUGCAUCACCAGCCAGUUCGAGAGGCCUUGCUGACCUUGCUGGAAGCUUGUGGUCCUCCCACUAGUCCUGCACUGGAUGCUGGCCUUGUGCUCCUGCUCAGCCAGUUGUGUGUGUGUGUGGCUCGGGAGCCUGCACUACUUGAGCUCUUCUUACAGCCUCCUCCUGAGCCAGGAGCUGCACCUCGCCUGCUACUCUUCUCCCGCCUCGUUCCUUUUGUGCACCGUGAAGGGACGCUGGGUCAGCAAGCCCGAGAUGCUCUGCUGUUACUCAUGGCGCUGUCGGCUGGCAGCCCCACCGUGGGCCAAUACAUCGCUGACCACUCCUACUUCUGCCCGGUGCUGGCUACAGGACUGAGUGCUCUGUACUCAUCUUUACCCCGAAAGAUAGAGGUUCGGGGGGAUGACUGGCACUGCCUGAGGCGGGAAGACUGGCUGGGUGUGCCAGCCCUUGCACUCUUUAUGAGCUCCCUGGAGUUCUGCAAUGCUGUCAUUCAGGUGGCUCACCCAAUGGUUCAGAAGCAGCUGGUCGAUUACAUUCACAAUGGGUUCCUGGUACCUGUUAUGGGCCCCGCCUUGCACAAGAGCUCUGUGGAGGAGAUGAUUGCCAGCACAGCGUACCUGGAGCUAUUCCUUCGCAGCGUAUCCGAACCUGCCCUACUCCGAACCUUCCUGCGCUUCCUGCUGCUCCACCGGCAUGAUGCUCACACCAUCCUUGACACCCUCGUCUCACGAAUCAGCAGUAACUCACGGCUCUGCAUGGUCUCCCUGAGCCUCUUCAGGACCCUUCUGAACCUCAACUGUGAAGAUGUGGUGCUGCAGUUGGUGCUUAGGUAUCUGGUCCCGUGUAACCAUGUCAUGUUGAGCCAGAAGCGAGCUGUACGUGACCUGGACCUGUAUGGGCGAGCAGCGGACAAGUUCCUGUCCUUGAUCCCUCGCUGUUGCCGGCAUCGUGCCCCAAGUCCACCCCACGUGGAGCAGACUUCUUGGGCUCGAGGCCCUGGCAGCCCCAAUUUAGAUUCCUCAUCAGUGGUGACAGUAACCCGUCCCUCCACACCAUCUCGCCUUGCUCUUUUCCUUCGGCAGCAGAGCCUGGGUGGCACUGAGCCCCCUAGCCCCGCUCCUCGCUCUCCCAGCCUGGCCCCAUCACCGGCCUCCAGCCCUGGCCACCGGCCUGGCCCUGUGGAGGAGCCAGGCGAGCUGGAAGACAACUACCUAGAGUAUCUUCGGGAGGCUCGGCACUGCGUGGACCAUUGUGUUCAUGCCUGCCGUUCCUGGUCUGCCCCCUAUGAUGGGGAGCAGCCCCCGGCUGACCCUAGCCCUGUGGACCCUGGCUCUGGCCCCACUGGCCCUCGGACUAAGAAACGGAGCCUACAGCCAGAGGAAGAGGAUGGGGAGGAUGGGGGUGAGGGGGAGGAAGAAGAGCUAGGAGAUGGGGGUCAUGUGGGGGCACGGAUGUUGUCUUUGGGGGAGGGAGAGGGCUCUGGUUUGCUGACCUCCCUCCAGGUCAAUGGAGCUCUAGGGCCUUGGCCUGAGGGAGCCAAGAAAGUGCGUCGGGGGCCAGGUGAGGGGGUUGGGGAACAGAAGGGGGCAAUUGGAGGGUUGGUUGGGCUAGAGGGCUUUGGGAGGGAACUAAGAGAGUUGGAAGUGGCACUGAGUAAUGGUGGUGCUGGGCCAGAUUCCCGGCACGAAUCCCCAUUGCUUCCUGAAGAGGAGGAGGCAGCCUACGAGAGCUUCAGUUGCCCACCUGAGCCCCUCGGCCCCCUCCUCAGCAGCCCCCUUCGGAUUCCCAGUCAGCUGCCCAGCCAACCCUUCACAGGCCCCUUCAUGGCCGUGCUCUUUGCCAAACUGGAGAACAUGCUGCAGAACUCACUUUAUGUCAACUUCUUGCUGACGGGGCUUGUGGCUCAAUUGGCCUGUUAUCCCCAGCCCUUACUUCGUUCCUUCCUGCUCAAUACCAACAUGGUCUUCCAGCCCAGCGUCAAGUCACUACUUCAGGUGCUGGGCUCAGUGAAGAACAAAAUUGAGAGCUUUGCAGCCUCCCAGGAGGACUUUCCAGCAUUACUCUCCAAAGCCAAGAAGUACCUCAUCGCCCGGGGCAAGCUGGAUUGGGCUGAGGGUCCUGGGACUGGAUCCGUCCCAAGACGCCCAGAUACCCUUGUGAAGGCCCGGAAGCCAUCCUUGGGAGAGCUGCUCCUUCGUCAUGCACACAGUCCAACACGGUCCCGGCAGGCAGCCCAAGUAGUCCCACAGCUGGGCCGUGAAGGCCCUGGUCCGGCCCUGGGCCUUGGUGGGAGUUUGGGUUCCCAUUCAGCUCUGGGGACCUCACCCUUGCCCCUCCGGAGUAGCCCUGCUGAGCGUCAGGGUGAGGCUUUGCGCAUCAAGAAUGCUGUCUAUUGUGCAGUGGUCUUCCCCGAGUUCCUCAAGGAACUGGCGGCCAUUUCCCAGGCCCAUGCAGUCACCUCGCCCUUUCUUCUGGAGGCCUUUGAAGAAGGGCCCAGGACCCCUGCCAGGCCCAGCCCUGAACCCUAGUCCUUCCUUCUCCAUUCCCCUUGCCCAGUGGACAAUCAGGAGCCCAGGGAGGGGGGCUGGAUAUGAGGUGGGCUCCGUUUUUAGAUGCCAAGUAGGCAGAAAGAUAACUUUUUAAUUUAUUUGAGACGAAUGUUUUAUGGAGAACUUGUUGCAAUAUGUAUAAAAGGGAAAUGUCUAAGCA